CGCUGAUUUGGCUUCAGCCGGACUUCAGUGGAAAGUAACCUUACAUCACUGUGUAACUGAUGUUUCGUCAGCAUGCUGGCCUGAUCUAAUUUUCAGUUGAACAGUAAAUAAAUUUCGUCCAUUAAUCAUUUGUUUUAAUGAGCCAUAUGAUGGCUGCAUACAGCAGAGUUGUGUCCCAUUCCCAGCACAGCUUAAAAAUAAAACUGGACAAACAAGGGCUUAGCCAGUAUUGUCCCACCUGCUGGACUGCAUACAAUAACAAACGUACGCAACAUGAGAACCAUUGAGCUUUGACUACAUGAGCUACAUACAUACAAUAAAGUAUGUUCUUGUGCUAAUUACCAACAGUCAAAGAUGAAAUCUAGCUUUUCCUUCCUGUCCAAAUGAUUGUUUUCCUUCUGUUGUAGACUGGCGUGAUGCAGAGCUUAUGCGGGACAUCGAGGCAGCGACAGGAGAAGACCUGGGUUCGGACAGAGUCGGGAAGAAAGGGAAAAAAGGGAAGAAGAAGAAACACCCCAACCUGAGUGAUCUGAAGCAGAGAGCCAACACGUCCCGCUCCAGGCUGGAGAAAAAAGUCCUCAGCAAGAGCGCCAUGCGCAGAGUCGCCGAGGUUAUGAGUAAAGCUGACAGGAGAAAACAUGACAAGUUCUCAAACCAGUUCAACUAUGCCCUCAACUGACCUCAACCAGCCAACCAUGGCUUCAAAUGAAAUGAGAUGGACUGAAUGCUUCUGUUAAAGACUUUAUUUAUUGAUGUGCACACAUGCUGUAUAGAUCCGGAGUAAGAGAUUAAUAUUGUUUCUUUGAACACUGUGAUGCAGUGGUAUGAUUUUACUGCUGGUUCAUCAGCUUUUAAGAAGGACAAAUAUACAGAUAUCAAACUGUACAUGUACAGCUUCUGAGUCACAAGAAACAAGAAAAUCACUAUUUCAUAUCCUUUUGUCUUAUUUAUCAGCCAAAUUCUUCAAUAUUGCCUUUACACCAGCCAUUUUUCAUCAUGUAUAACUGAAUUUUUACUUGUGUUUUUCUAAUAUUUUCUACUUGAGUGUGUUGUCUAGGACGAUUAAAUUCCUCAGCUUCCUGUG